AUGUCCGACCGCGAGGGAUUUGCCGGCGACGACGAACACACCCUGCCCAAGGCGACCGUGUACAAGCUCAUCGGUGAAAUGCUGCCCGACGACAUCAGCUGCGCAAAGGACACCAAGGAGAUCAUUGUCGACUGCUGUGUUGAGUGGAUCAAGCUCAUCUCGGCCCAGGCCAACACCGUUUGCGAGGAAAGCAGCAAGAAGACUAUUUCACCAGAGCACGUUAUCGAGGCGCUCAAGCAACUGGGCUUUGAAUCCUUCAUUUCCGAGGUGGACGACUCGCACGCAGAGUUCAAGCAGUCGCAGAAGGAGCGCCAGCGCAACCAGCCCGACACCAACGGCAUGACUCCCGAGCAGCUCCAGGCGCUGCAGGAGCAGCUGUUUGCGAGCUCGCAGGCCCGUCUUGCUGCUGCCGAGUAA